CCACUGGACUGGAGUGCCAUGCCCCAACCACCUAAAUGGGAAAAAAAGUAAGAACACGCUAAAAUUUGUUGAAGUGAUAAACACGACGAAAAAGAUUUUGAAAAUAUUGUAGUUUUUGAAGUUCGCUCUCACUUUAAGGGUAGAAAGCUCCGAAUCGGCCACGAUCUGCAACUGCGAAGACAAGGUAAACGCACAGAGCAAGCAGAGAGAUGAACAAUUAUAACAGAGGCGACGAAGAAGAAAAGGGUUUACUCUGGAAGCUUCCAGAGGUGAGGUUUAAGAACUUUGGCAAGGCCGGCCCCGCUUUUGGCCUCGGCGCCGGCUGCGGUGUUGGCUUUGGCGUCGGCCUUAUCGGAGGUGUUGGACUGGGUCCUGGGAUUCCUGGUUUACAAAUGGGUUUUGGGUUCGGUGCUGGUUGUGGAAUUGGCUACGGAUUUGGGUAUGGCGUAGGUAGAGGUGUAGCUCAUGAUGAGAAUCGGAGAUACUCUAACAUCGGCAAGUUCUUUCAUGGUCCAGGAAAUCUUCCAACCCAGGAUGAGAUUGGGGGUCUUAUUGAUGAGCUAGUCAUCAACACCAAGAAGCUAGUCAGAGCAACUUCAAGAGAAAUUGAGAAGUGGAGAAAAUGAACGAGGGUUUGCUAGUUCCUUGGUGUACAAAUUGCAUCAUUAGGUAGGGAGGCUUGAUUAUGAUGUUGCAGUCAAUGCUAAUUAUGUGUAAAUGCAGUUAUAAUAAAUUAUUGUUUUGAGUGCACGUGUGCAUCAUUUCUUUUCAGUAAUGCUUAAGAGUUACUCCAUUGAAAUUUAUGAGAAGCAAUACUCGAUGAAAUUUAUUUUUUAACAAUGUUCAGGAUGUUUUCUAUUUGAA